AUGGCUUGGCUCUUCACUCGCUCAUAUCCAGAGCGCAAGGCGGUCGAUGUCGACGGCAAGGCGUUCGACUAUGUCAUCGUAGGCGGCGGCACCGCAGCAUGCGUUCUGGCCUCCCGGCUCAGCGAGGACCCCGACGUCUCCGUCCUCGUCAUCUGCAAGGGCAAAGUCAGGGACACGUGGAUCGACCGCGUCCCCAUUGUCGGCAACGCCAGCGACGGCAAAGGCCCCCAGAUCGAGACCUUCUGGUCGGAGCCCCAUGAGCAGUGGAAUGGCUGCAAGACGCGGACCUUCAACACGCAGGCUCUGGGCGGCGCCACGAGAAUCAACGGUCUCAUGCUCACCCGCGGCGCGCCGGGGAAUUACAACCAGUGGGCAGCGCUGGGAAACGAUCAAUGGAGCUGGGACAAGUGCGAGCCGUACUUCAAGAAGAUUGAGGACGCUGCCUGUUCUCCAGAGGCCCUUCACCGCGGCCAUGGUGGUAACAUUUCUUGGCGAUGA